CAGCUUCAAGUAGGGGUUUUUGAGAAAUUAGCUUCCACUUCUAGGGCUUCCAGUAUUCCAAUACUUUUUGAAAAAAAAAAUGAUGAAAUGCACAUGAAAUAGGCAUCCUAGCGACAAUAUUUCUUGUUUUGUUUUGUAGUAUGGUAAAAAUAUGCAACCGAGAUUUGAGAAUCCAACAAAAGUUUGAAAAAAUUCUGAAGUCGAACUGUCUGAAGAAAAAAUCAAAGGAAUGUUUCUACUGCGGAAUGAGAGGAAGUGAAAUGGAAACAAUAGUUUUUAAUGAAAGAGAAAGAAAGAAACAAGAUGUCAUGUCAUGUUGAUGUCAAAUUCUGAAUUAUUUUGGCGUUUCGAUCGACUUAUCACAUAAUCUUGCGUUCUCUUUUCAACACACACGAAGGUGAGCAACAAAACAAGAUGACAAGUCAUUAAAUGUCACUUCUGUCGGACCACGAAUGUCAACAAAAAAUUCUAACCUCAGAAUUUGAUAAAGUAAAUAAAUAAAAAUAAACUAAAAACUUAAUAAAAACUCUCAUGCCAUCCAGUAGUGCCAUCAUCCACACUAUCAUAAUCCCAGAGGUCCCUUUUAUCAGUCAAUCAAUUUUACUGUUUUUUUUUUUGCUGCUUCUACGUAGGAAAUACGAGAAUAUGUAUGUUAUUGGGGAUAGACCAGCUCCAACACCGAGGAGUGCUUGUUCAUCUUCAUCCGAUGAUGACUACAAUGACAAUUGCCAGAUAACGAUAGACAACUCAGAAAACAUAUUAAAAGUCCUCAAGAAGUUAUGGCAAGAACAAAGUAUGUGUGAUAUUUUUUUGAAGGUUGGUAACAAACAGUACGGAGCUCACAGAUUUAUCUUAUGUGCCACAAGUGACGUUUUUCAAGCAAUGCUAAUGAAUUCAGCCUGGUCAGAAUGGAAAGAAUCCCACAUAGAACUUCAAGAGUUGCAAAUAUGCGAAAACGUAUUCUACACAUUCCUAGAAUACUUUUACACAGGCAAAAUUCUUAUAACGCAUACAAAUGUUAUGCCAAUAUUAGCUUUAGCUGACAAAUACUUGGUCAAGAGCCUUACCCGCAUGUGUACAAUGUACAUGUGCCGACACAUACCUCAUGCAGCAUAUCACAAUCAACUAUCUUCGUGGCUCCAGUACAGUAACAUUUGCGGUCACGAGAGAAUUUUGAAUUGUUGCAGAAAUUAUUUCAAAUGGAACUUUGAAGCUGUGGCCAAUACUUCGGAUUAUAGUAAUUUUGACUGCGAUACAUUUAUCAACAUUAUACAUGCAAAUGAUAUUGUUGUGCAUAACGAAAUUAUGUUGUAUAAUUGUAUUGUUAGAUGGUUAGACUUACAAAGGAUAAAACUUGGAAAUACUGAGGAUUCAUUAAAAAUGUAUAUAAAUUUAGUAGAAUCCGUUAUGAUGUAUGUUAGAUUUCCUAUGAUGACUCCUAGAGAAUUGGCUGAUUUAUUAUUAUCUCCAUUAAUUAAGCAACAUAAAGAUUUUUUCCUUGAUAGAAUGGCAAUCGGCAUGAAAUAUCAUUCAUCUGAAUACUCUGAAGAACUACAUCCUUACUAUGAAAAAGAAGGCCACCUAUUUACACCACGACUAUAUACGUCUGAAAGUUACUCUGCAUCAUUGAACAUCGAAAAUUUCUGGGAUAUACAAAGUUAUCAUACAAGUACUUUUGUUUUUUCAUCCCAUUUAUCAGCUGCUGACCAUGAAUCGCACAAAAUGAGUGAGUGGGUGGUGGAAUUGUACCCCAAAGGGGUCCAUUUCAAAAAGUGUUUGUGGAUUGUAUGGCAAGGAACUUUAGAGGUGCCCGAAGAAAUUCUACGAACAGUCAGACUUUCCUUGACCUGCCGCGAUUCGCCCGUACCUGAUGAGAUGCGCGUAAAAGUCUCGGUACUGAUCUAUGGUGUACAAGGAGGUGUCGAACAUGUUAUGGAAGUCAUAGAAAGGGUUCAUCAUUUCACGCCUCAACAUAAAAUUUUGAACAUUGACGAUUUGCUUCCAUUUCAUGAACUGAAUACCAAAGCCUCACUUCAACCAGUGCAUGAGACGCCGUAUUUGAUUGGACCUACAAAGGAUCAGUUAAAAUUGAACAUUGUUAUAACGCCUAUAAAAUAAUAUAUUGUUAUUUUUCACAAGUG